AUGUUCUUUGACGAGGAAUCAGAGUUUCUGAGUGGUCGUCCAUUGCGCAUCCACACGGCAGCGUUACUUGUUUUUCUUUCAUGUCCAUGCAAAUAUAAUAUUGACUAUUAUUGACAUUGCGUCGUUCUGUCAUUAGAUAAUUACUUUAUAUUAGAACAGACCGGUUGUAAACCUCGCUGUAUCAUUAUAGCGUAACAUCUUGCAGCUGUGCAGCAAUGUGUCCGUUGCGUAGCGAACUGUCUUGACAGACGGAAAAGGUUAAGUGAUGCGUGUCCGAGACUGAGAGGAAAAAGGGGAGAAAACGAGGAUGUUGCAUCGGCCCCAUAAUCUUGUCAGCUUCAUUCGUAACGUAACGUGCCGGUACCAUGCCGAUCGACUGUGCACAUUCCACAUUGGAUUGAUUAAACGACACGCCAGCGUUCUAAUAGUUCCCAAGUAUGGUACGCGAUACAAAGUACACGCGUUUUCCAAUUCCCAAAAGGUUUUUGCUAACAGAAAGACAGGCAGGCACGGGGAUUGUAGAUGGACCUGCGCGGCCAGAUUUUCCGACGACGCAAAGUCUAAUAAAGAUGGGUCCGAAGUGAAGCUAGCCAACGAGGUUAAGCAGAGAAUAAUAGAAUUGAAUGAAGAGAAGUUGGGCAAGUUAAAGGAGAGAGUAUUAGACAUAGAGCCAGUUAUUUCUGAUGAAAAGGAGGUGGGAAAGGGCCAGGCGGCGAAGCUUGUUGAGAAGAAGUCUGCGGAAUUCAAAGAGCCACUGAAAGAUGAUGCCGCGUCGAAGAAAGCGAAAAAGAAAAUCAGAGUCGACAAGUCGACAUCUUCCUUGGAACGGAACUUCAUCACCCCCGUGAGAGCUAUGGCGGACUUUUUGUUGAAGCCGUCUGAUUUGGAGACUUUGCCGAAAACAAAAAGACGUUCCCCGUAUGAACUUGAACCGCCUAUCACAGUGUAUUGGAGGAAAGAUGUUGAGGCUAAAGCUCUAGAAGUCUGGGGAUCCAGAGAAGCUUUGCUGAAGGAACUCCUAAAGAAGGAAGUUGAGCGGAAGAUCUAUCAGCAAAAUGUUUUUACGGUCAAGCGGAGAUUGAGAGAUUACAGACGGGAGAUCGGCAGCAAGACGGAGAUAAUUCAGAAGGAGGGUCUUUUUGGGAGAUCUGGCAAAGUCGUAUUGACUGCGAUUGCUAUAAAUGCCAGCAAUUUCUUGUGCAAGUUAGCCGCUUGGUUGUACACUGGCUCGCACAGUAUGUUUUCCGAGUGUGUACAUUCUGCGGCGGAUACUUGCAAUCAGCUGAUUCUAGCGUACGGUAUUCAUAAAUCGGUGCAGAAUCCUAAUCCCGACCACCCGUACGGUUACACAAACAUGAAGUACGUUUCCUCGUUGAUAUCGGGCGUGGGAAUCUUUUGUGUUGGUACGGGUCUUUCCAUCUAUCACGGAAUUCACGGUCUUCUUUUUCCCGCGCCAUUAGAUUCUCUCUUUUGGGCGUACUUCGUCCUGGGUGGGUCCCUGUUAUCCGAAGGGGCGACCUUAAUGAUAGCAUUACACUCCAUAAAGAGAGGCGCGGAGGAAAAAAAGGAGAGUGUUAAACAGUUCAUUCUGGAAGGGCAGGAUCCAUCCGUGAACGUCGUACUCAUGGAAGACUUUGCAGCUGUAAUUGGAGUCAUUGUCGCAGCUGGAUGUAUGGGCUUGACUUCAUACUUAGAAAAUCCGAUGUUCGACGCUACUGGUUCGCUUUUGGUUGGCGGACUACUCGGUGGAGUGGCGUCCUUUAUAAUCUACUCUAACGUUGCUGCGCUCAUAGGAAGGAGUAUAUCGCAAGAGAAUCUCGAUAAAAUUAACGCCGAAUUAGAAGCGGACAUAAUGGUUCGUGCAAUUCAUGAUGUGAAAGGCAUCGAUAUGGGUAAUAAUCUAGUGAGAUAUAAAGCCGAACUGGAUUUUGACGGUCGAGAGCUCACGAGAUCUUACCUAGAUAAGCAUGAUCUUAUUGCAAUGCUGGAGGAAGUGAAAGGUAUGCAAAAUAUAGAUGAAUUAGAAGCAUUUUUAUUGAAACACGGCGAAAAUAUCGUAGACAUGCUUGGUGGAGAAAUUGAUAGAAUAGAAUUGAAAUUAAAGAAAAAUCAUCCAGAAAUACGACAUUGUGAUUUAGAAAUUCUAUAAGGACUUAUUAAUAUAGUAUCUUAAGUUAAAACUAAAUAAAACUGGAUGUAAAUUAUUAUUUUAAUAAAGUAAGGAAUUAUUUUAAUGUAAUUACUUAGAUUCUUCUGUCUUAAGUUUUAUUUAGUAUUUAGCACUAAAGAAAAAUUAAUUUUUGUAAACAUUUUAUGUAUGUUGUACAGAUGCUGUGAAAAUUCUACCAGUCAUUAUAAUAAAUUGGCAGGAAUUUCUUAAACA